CCCGUCCUCCCCAAUUAAGGUGCCUCCAACCUCCUGUGUUUUAUUACUCAAUUUACUCCAUUGGGGCUCAAUGAUCAAUUUCAAUUUGUGGCUCAUAUUAGCCCCUAGUGGUAACAUUCUGUACUGUCUCCAACUGAAGUUAUGUGACUGCACUCACCUAGCAUGAAAUUUGUUUUGUUUACAGUUGGUGUUGCCAGGAUAUGUUCGCUGAAUACCACUCCUCUCCUUAGACCCAUUCUUGUCUGCAAUGAUUUAAACUGUUAGUCAUCUAAACAUGAGUGCCCAGGACUUAAUAACAUUCAAUAUUGGAGGUCAAACAUUCACCACUACUCUGUUAACUCUCAGAAGACACCAAGACUCAAGAAUAGCUAGGAUCCUGGAUGGCAAAGACGUAGAUUUUAAAGUUAUCAGUGGACAAGUUUUUGUAGAUAGAGAUGGAACUUUCUUUAAAUACAUCCUGGAUUAUAUGAGGACAGGUCAAAUCACCUUGCCAGCAGAAUUCUCUGACUACAAUGGCUUGGCUCAAGAAGCACAGUUCUAUGGUUUGCAUCCUUUGGCACUUUGGGUUGAGAGGAACAGCCAUCGAUCCAGAGUUGAGGUUCUAGAGUUGCGCUUCUCUGUCCAGGAAACUCACGGAUUCUUCCAAAUAUUCUGCUCCAACAACAAAACUCUGGAGGCUUUGGCGAGAAGGAUAUCCAUUUUUGUGGAACAUCCAAAUCUGAAUGGGAAUUUCCCACACCUGCCUCAGAACUCCAGCACACCUCAUCCUGUACCAGUCCAGAGACCCUCUCACCACAACAUGGUGUUCCACUGUGGGACUGACCAACUAGCCAGUGAUGAUUUCUCUGCCAGGUUUGUAACUAUUGAGCCGGAUGACAGAAAGCUUUUCAACAGCACCAACGUCCUGGGCCUGCUGGUAGACACCCUUCUGAAGGAUGGGUUUCGCCUGAUCGACACAAGGACAGUUUCCCAAGAGGAGAAGACUGAAUGCUACAUGUUUGAAAGGAGCAGGAAUACCCAGAUCGUUGUACUGAGUGAAACCCCCAGGGCAGAACAUCUCAGAAGACAGAACACACAGAGCCAGCUUGUUGAAGGAAAGAAAAAGUGAACUCAGUGUCAGGGUGCAUCUCAAAAGUCUGAAAUGGUUCCCUUUCCAUGUCCAGUUCUGUCAUAUCAGUGGACUUCAGACUAUUGAGAUGGAUCCAUUCUCUGCGAGUCAGACUGGAUUGACCAGCAGAUGGCGACAAAGGAUAAUAAUGUUGAUGGCCAUAAUGUCAAUAUGCUUCACCUCACCAUUAGUCUCAAUUUAUACAGUAUAUUUUAUUUGACAUCAAUUUCCUGUGUCCUAAAGUAUAUUUCCAAAAGUACAAUUCUCUAAAUUGAAAUAGAAUUG